ACUGUGGGCUGAGGAAGGAAACGCAAUCUCACGCAGCCAGCGCAGAGUCCCGUGUUCAAGAAACGCAUUUUCUGCUGCGCAACACAUCCUGAGGUUCGCUCCGAGACGCUAUUUUUCGCUACAAUGUCGAUGACAGUGAAAGCUUACCUUACCGGUAAGGAGGACUGCAACAAGGAGAUCCGCCGCUUUGCCGUGGAUCAGGAUGUCUCAACAAGUUUUGAGUAUUUGAAGAGAAAAGUGCUCGAUGUCUUCGUCGGUCUCAGGACUGCGCCCUUUCAAAUGUUCUAUAAAGAUGACGAUGGUGACAUGAUUGCGUUCUCCUCUGAUGAUGAGCUAAUGAUGGGCUUGGCUCUUGUGAAGGAUGACACUUUCCGUCUCUACAUCAAGCAAAGAAAGGAGCACAAACGUGAUCCCUCACCUCAUGGGGUCCCUGGGUUCUCAUUCCCCCCACCUCACUUUAGCCCCCCAGGACCUAAUCCUAUGGGUCCACCUCCAAUGGGUCCCCCAGGAGCACCUCACAUGGGGCCUCCUCAUCAUUACCCUCCAAUGCUGCACUCAGGGGUGACCUGUGACGGGUGCGACGGGCCGGUGGUUGGAACACGUUUCAAGUGCACCGUUUGCCCCGAUUAUGACUUGUGCUCCUCCUGCCAGGGCAAAGGCCUCCACAAGGAGCAUCCUCUCCUGCCCCUCUUUCACCCCAUGGCCAACAUGUUUGAGUGGUUCCCUCGUGGGAAGUUGUGGCGUAAGAUGAGACACUGCAUGUGGGCAAAUACCCAGGCUCAGGCUCAGGCUCAGGCUCAAGCUCAGGCCCAAAACCAGGCUCAGCCAGGCCCAUCUGGAGUCCAGCAAAACCAGGAUGCUUCUGAAAACAUGAGAGAGAACGGUGCUACUGACUCCUCUCUGGCCAAUAUGGAGUACCUAAAGAACAUUGGAGAGGGAGUGGCGGCCAUGUUGAGCCCCCUUGGCAUAGAUGUGGACAUCGACGUUGAGCAUGAGGGGCAGCGGACCAAAGUUACACCAACUCCUCCUGCCUCCAGUGGGCCACCUAGUGCUCGGAGUGAGAGUGGCUCCAUAGGGCUUCUCUCCAGAGGGUCUGGUCCUGGAAGUCAGGCCACUGAAGAGAGCAUCAGUGAGGGAACAAAGGGGCAGAAAGACCAAGGCAGUGAUGAGGAAUGGACUCAUCUCAGCUCUAAAGAGGUGGACCCCUCCACAGGAGAGCUGCAGUCCCUCAGGUUGGAGCAGGACGGGACAGAACUUCCAGCCCCGCUAAGUACCGACUCCAGCACAAGCGCCUCCAAGGGUCCCACUGGCCUGCGCGAGGCAGCUCUCUACCCACACCUUCCUCAAGAUGCAGACCCCAAGCUGGUGGAGACUCUUUCUCAGAUGCUCUCCAUGGGGUUCACCGAUGAGGGUGGAUGGUUGACCAGACUGCUCCACACCAAGAAUUUCGACAUCGGAUCUGCCCUGGAUACCAUCCAGUAUUCCAAACCCGGUCCACAGAAGUAGAGAAGGAGCACAGGAAUAAAGAAGACCAGGGGGCAUAUUACAGAAAGUUUCUUAUCUUAGGUCUUAACUUAAGAUAUAUGUUAAAUUAGGAUUUUUCACAAAUUCGUAUUACAGAAGCAAAUCUUAACUUGAUUUGGGAUUCUUAUCUUAUCUUACAAAAUCGUAUCUUAUCUCUAGUUAGGAAAUCUUAAAUUGCAUUAUCAAGUAAGACAAUCCACUCAGGUCUGUUACCAAGCAACCAACACUGCGCGAGCUGCUGAUGAGGUAAACAAAAUAACAGACGCUACUUCACUUUGAAAAUCACCCUUUGCAAAAAAAACGUGAGGCAUUAGUCACUUGCACUAUAACCGGUAAUGCUCUGUGACGCUUUUGUUGGCCUCUGUAAUGCUGGUUGCAGUUCCUGUGCUACUGUAAUAUGUUGCACGGCAGUCUGUAAUUACUUAAGUGUUUUGUCAUCAAAAUGUAACAUCUUCUGGGUCCUCCAAGAGUCUUUCUACCAUUAAACAUCUCCGUUCUUCAUUUUCAAUUAAUAAUAAAUGUAAUACCAUUGUUGGACAGCGCAGUUUUUCCAUUAGCUUUCGAAUAAUUUUGAAAUGAAGACAGCUGUGGGGUUGUCCUAAAGUUAAGACAGUUUUUAGGAUUUUUUGUCAAGUUAGGAGGUUUCUGUAAUACCCCCUUCCUAUCUGUAGUUAAGAUAACACACUUAGGAAAUGCUGUUCUGUAAUAGCUUUUAUCCUAAAUGUGGUCCUAACUGAAAUUACCAUGGUUACCAAACAGAUAAGAUCAGAUUUUAAAGUUAGGAUCUUUCUGUAAUAUACCCCCUGCUGGGCCAUAACUAAUAUUGUUAGAAAAUUUUGGCCUAUUUUCUAUUAACAAAGUUUUUCCAUACUUUUUCAAUGACAAAUUCUUUACGUAAAUGCUAUCAACAAUAUCAGUUACUCAGGUGACUUGGAACGUAGUUAAGUUCAUUAUUGGGCUUUUAUGCAAAAUAGAUAUAUUCAGCAUUUCUGUCAUUAGCAUUACACCUCAUGUUAUGAAGAUUAUUAUCAUUGUAUAUGCAUAUUACAUAUAAAAGUAGAGGUCUACAUUUGUGGGUUUUUUUUUUUUCUGUUUGCAUUUACAUAACUAAUAAGAAGAGUUUGUAAGCUCAGCAGAAACCUGGGGGUAUUUUUAUUGUUAGUUUGAAUAAACAGAUGGAAUCAGGUUAAUGUCACUGUAGGUCUUCUAAAAUUCCUGUACUUUCUAUCCUCAAUAAAAUGCAAAAAAAAA